AUGGUAGACAGCAGUUUCACCCAAGUCAAUCGGCGACUUGAAGAAGAGCGUCGGGCUAAGUUCUGCGGUACCGCCAGUAUCAGUAUAUCGUCAUUGAAACCAACGUUGAGCGCAACAAACCGCGUUCGUCCUCCCGUUCCUGAACCACUCAAGAGGUUAUACCGGGAAGAACAUGGCUGCCGAAAAGAAGAUAAUCGGCAUCAUGCCAAAGCUACAAUCAGUCAACAUGAUUUCGAAGCCGCCCUAUUGAACGCAGGAAUCUCCGCCUCGAGGCUCCAAGGCGAUGCUUUGCCCUAUCCAGCUCUUGAACUCCCACCCGGAGUACAGCUAGAAUGCCUUCAGGGAUCGGAUCGUAUUAUGGCAGCCGAUGAAGUGUUCGAUGACACGAACAAGCAUUGGAUAGUUGAUCUUUAUCUAGAUGACCUGAGCGAUGAUCUGAAAACGCUUUUCGUCGAAGAAUACGAGUAUCAGAUGGAACCCGAUGAUGGGGAGUUCUACUGCAAGAUUCGAGGAUACCAGGGACAUCAUGGCGACGAAAAUCCCUUUUUUGAACGAAUGUGGCUGGGGCGACUUUCUGCUCUUUCAAAGAAUCGUCGAGAUCUCCUGGAUCAGCUGUUUCGCCAUAAGAAAUACUCGGAUGCCUUCGAUGCACUUCUGGCUGUUCCUGCCCUCUUUUGUGGCUUUCGACUCACCGUAGUUCACCAGGUGAUCUCUAUGAGAUGUGAAGAGCCCAAUCUACACUACUUGAAACACAUACUCCAGGUCUGGAGUGACAUAUGUGGUGGCGACUACAAAACUAUGCGGCUUAUUGAUCGGCCAACUAUAGAACGUCUACAGGGAACAGCGCCAGGGGCAUUCAGUACAGACCACGACGAACUUCUUGGUGACCUUAGAAGUGGUCGUAUCCUCGGAAACUUUUCCGAGCAACAACGAAACGAACUAUGGAUUCGAAUUUGCAAUGCCUCCAACCAACGUUUGAUACCGUCACUCUUCACUUUCUUCGAGGACCGAAAGUUCCUCAGCACUGCUGCGGAUUGCAUGAGACGGCUGACAGGUGUCGGCUCCAAAGUCACGAUUCCGAGGCGCCUGGGUGAGAUGUUCCAAGACACAAAUCAGCGGACUGAUCAGUGCAUAGUGCAGGUGUCGCAAACGGCAUAUGUAUCUGUUCCAGGAGAUGCAGCAACUCGUUUUGACCUUGGAUGCCGGCAGUUGUGGCUUACUGCCUUUCGAGAGUUCCGGGAGCUUCCAGCGGAUGUGAAGAAGAAAGACAUACUUGCAAAGGCUCGUAGGAAAGCAGACGAGAUCACACUCUUCGAGUUCGCUUCUCUUGCGGACAGACUGGGCUUCGAAUCUGACGAACUGAGCAACAUAAUGAGAUCGUCCCCAUACUUUGAAGUCGCCAAACGCCUCCUCCUGUCUGCGAGAAAGCCAGGGCAGUACCGAUAUCCCAAUUUCGAAAAAUGCAUACAACAAGUAACGGAGAUAUUUGCAACAGCCAAGCCAGUAUCUGCUCCGGAGAUGCCGCAUAGUUCUGAAAUGAACGAACGUCACUUGGAGCUACCGAUUCGAUGUGGAAUCCCUCGCGACAACGAUCAUAACCGUGAUCAAACAAAGUUAUUCCUUCCCAGUAUACUGUUGGAGUAUGAGAUCGGGCAAACGCGAGUCACCUCAUUCUUCAUACGAAGAUCGGUUUACUUAUCUUAUUUUGGUCUCCCUCUAUCUCUAGCAGAUUUUGUUAUCGACCAACAACCAACACACCAUUUCGAUCUGGGGGUUGAUGGAGCCAAUCCUGCAGACAGAACAGGUCUCGGUUCUGAAGCACAUACAAACACAGCGGCGCAGCCGGGAGAACAGCCGAAACUAGAUCAGCUCAAGGAACUUUCCCAACUUGAGCAAGCCAAACUUGACCAUCUGCGGCAGCUGGUUCAAGAGCAACAGGACCGCUUAAAUCAGCUUACCAAGAGUGUUGACAACACUACCAAUGAAUCAGACUUUGGGCAGAACCAAUUUCAGCAUUCAAGUGGCAUGGAAAUCGUACCAACCAACACCAUGAACGGGACACGAGAAGCUUCAUUGGUUGGAGACUUCGAAGGCCCUUCUUCCGAAGAAAACAACCCCAGGCCCGCAAAACGACACCAAAGAGUCACUCGAUUCGAUUUCGAUAGAGUCCAAGGAGGGAUUCCCCCAGAUAACGAUAACAAUAGUGGAGGCGCGUCAUCGAGCAGGCAGCCAAUCAUCAUAAAGUUUUUUUCGCGAGAGGACUCUGGCGGGUGGGUUAUUUGUGAUGAGAUUCAUGUUGACGCAUCAGACUCAUCGCCAGUCCAACGAACAGCGGCAAAGUACAUGCGGAAACAAUUCUGUCUGUUUGAUACCAGUUACAACAACCUAAUUCCCAAAACAUGCUUCGAGAAGGUAACGGCGAACGGAACAAAUACAAUUCUGGUCGUUCGUACUUCUCAAGUGAGUACGAAUGAUGGCGAGGAGAUCUUAUAG